CUUUUAGUUAAAAAUAACCACUAUAUGACAAAAGAAAUUUUGACAGAAUUACAUGCUUUAUUUAAGGAGAUGAAAUGUAUAUAGUCAAAUAUAAAUAGAGGUUUAUAUGAGAAGAAAAAUUAAGAUUUUUUUUUUUAAUUAUAACAGAACAAGGGCUAAAAACCAUAGUUCCUUAGAGCUCACGUUUCUCUCCAUCUCCUUCAAAAACCAGUAUUUAUGGCCUUUCUCUAAUCAUUUCUCUACUUUUCUCUCCAACUUUCUCAUUGAACUUUAUAUUAGUUCUUGAAUCUUGAUUUAGUAUUAUUUCUUGUUGUUUUUUUGAACGGUUAGGUAAUUAACGACCUGAUUAUUUUUUAAAAAAAAGAUCAUAAAAAAGGGUGUGUAGGUUGUUUUUGAUGAUGAUGGAGAAUUUUUCUGCAAGUGUUAAGAUGGAUGAUCAACAGCAGAUGGAACUUCCGCCGGGAUUUCGCUUUCAUCCUACAGAUGAAGAGCUAAUUACUCAUUAUUUGUCUAAGAAAGUGGUUGAUAUGAAUUUCUCUGCUAUUGCUAUUGGAGAUGUUGACAUGAACAAAAUUGAACCUUGGGAGCUUCCAUGGAAGGCGAAAAUUGGGGAAAAAGAAUGGUACUUUUUUUGUGUGAGAGACAAGAAGUAUCCAACUGGUUUGAGGACAAACAGGGCAACUGCUGCAGGUUACUGGAAAGCUACAGGAAAAGACAAGGAGAUUUUUAGAGGAAGAUCUCUUGUUGGGAUGAAGAAAACUUUGGUUUUUUACAGAGGAAGGGCUCCAAGAGGUGAAAAAACAAAUUGGGUAACUCAUGAAUAUAGAUUAGAAGGAAGAUUAUCACUAAACAAUCUUCCUAAAACAGUAAAGAAUGAUUGGGUGAUUUGCAGAGUAUUUCAAAAAACAACUGGUGGAAAAAAAAUUCACAUUUCAGGGCUUGUGAGAGCUAAUUCUGAUGAAAAUGAAAUGGUCAAUACCGUUUUGCCACCAUUGACAGAUUCAUCGCCUAGCCACGUGCACUGCUUCUCCAAUUAUGUUACUACUCAAAAGAAUCAAGAAAACAACAUGAUCAAUUCCUUCAACAAUUCACCUAAUUUCCCUCUUCUCUCGAAUUCCAUCGACAUUUUCCAAAGAAACUCUCUUCCGACUUCGUUCACCUGGAACCAAAAUGUCCCUCUUCAACACAAUUUUCCUCAGCCAGGUUCAUUUCCUAUACAAGAUCCCGCAACGCUAAGGAAUUUGCUUGAAAAUUACGGACAUCAGAGUUUCAAAAAGGAGACAGACAUGAUCAGUGUAUCCCAAGAAACAGGUAUAAGCACUGAUAGGAACACUGAAAUCACAUCAGCUCAACAAGAUCUUGAUUGCUUCUGGACUUACUGAUAUUCUUGGUAGAGGCAAAAAAAGAAGAAACAGAGAUAGAGCUUCAGUAGUAGUAAUAGCUAUUAUGGUGUGAAAUUAAUUGUUAUAUGUAUAGAUUUACUAAUCCCCUAAGUUGCAUUCAACAAUAGUAACCAUAUUAGUAAGUCCCAAAAACUAUACUCCUACCACAAUUUUUAUUUUAUUUUGUUGUCAUUUUACACUUCCCAUUUGUCUCACUGCCUGUUAUUAGUUAUUGUGAUAUUGAAUUUGUAAAAAAAAAAACAAACAGUACUACUUUGAACAAUGUUAGCCUGUGAUUGUAUGAGAUCAGGUUGGUUGGCUUACUAA